UAUAAUUAGAGUGGGUGACGAAGCUAUCGAUGAUGAAACGAAAGAUGAAAUUAUUAAGCUCUUAAUUAAUAACUAUAUUUAUUUUUAUCAAUAAAAACAAUGCUGAGAAAAUUUGGAUUGCCAAUCUCAAAACCAGGUCUGUUGUCGCUGCUGUAUUUGACUCAGAUUCACGUACCUUCAACCAUUAUAUCAUCAAAACCCAACAACGUAGUGCACUCAAGAAUAAGAAGAAGGCGGUGUUCUUCGCAAAUGGGGUCUUCCGCAGCGACGUCGUUUUCGUCUCAAAACCUCCUUUUCAGGCAGCUCUUCGAGAAGGAUUCAUCCACCUACACUUACCUUCUCGCCGAUCUUUCUCACCCCGACAGACCCGCUCUGUUAAUAGACCCAGUGGACAAAACAGUUGAUAGAGAUCUGUCUCUUAUUCAAGAAUUGAGGCUAAACCUUGUAUAUGCAAUGAACACCCAUGUACAUGCUGAUCAUAUCACUGGGACUGGCCUUAUUAAGAGUAAAGUUGCAGGUGUAAAAUCUGUAAUUUCAAAAGCAAGUCGUUCAAAAGCUGAUCUUCUGGUUGAAUCCGGUGAUAAAAUAGUCUUUGGAAAUCUUUUCCUUGAGGUUCGUGCUACUCCUGGUCAUACAAUGGGGUGUGUCACCUAUGUUACAGGAGAUGGAACUGAUCAGCCUCGGCCUAGGAUGGCUUUCACUGGAGAUGCCUUAUUGAUACGUGGAUGUGGGAGAACAGACUUCCAGGGUGGAAGCUCGCAACAGCUCUACGAAUCAGUGCAUUCACAGAUUUUUACAUUGCCCAAGGAAACAUUGGUCUAUCCAGCUCACGACUACAAAGGAUUUACUGUUAGCACUGUGGGAGAGGAGAGUCUGUACAAUCCUCGCUUAACAAAGAAUGAGGAAACGUUCAAGGGCAUUAUGGAAAAUCUUAAUCUGGCGUAUCCGAAGAUGAUGGAUGCAGCUGUCCCUGCAAACAUGGCUUGUGGUUCGCAAGACACCACAUCUGAAUUGCCCAUUGUUUGAAUUGCAUUGCAUUGUGAAAUAAAAGCAUGCUUUUCUUUUUUGUACAUCACAAACUAAUAAACUUGUUGUGAAUAAAAGUGACAAACUGUGUAAAAGAAAAGUAAGAAUGAAUGGAUGAAAUGUGUGCUCUUGAUUGAUAA